AUGAGAGAUGACGCACAGUCAUUUGUCUUCUCAGAAAAGGCCGGAGGUAGGAGGUCGAGGAACCCUCCGCAAAGUGGUGAAAAGGGCACUUGGGCCAAUAGGGAAUUUUCGUCAUCAAACCCAGUAACCUGUAUAGCAACUGUAAUAGGUGAAGGUGGUGCCGGAAAUGCAGAAAAUGCGGCACGGGACCUGGCAGGAAUAAUAACAGGUCAUCGAGACUCUAAAUCCGGAAGUCUCUGGAGCUUUGAGAACAAGUCUUUGGGAGGGCGUUGGGCUCAAACAACUGAUGGUGGGCUCGUCCGGAGCGCAGGUGUGUCGUCUUGCGGGACUUUCUGUUUCAUAGGUUCUAGCAACGGUAGGAUGGCAAUGUAUAAUAUCCAGAGCGGGAUUAAAAGGCGUCAAUUCCCUGAGCCAGUAUCAGCCGCCACGGCGAAGCGUCUUAAAAAUAUGAGAGAGCUUUGGGGUGCGCAAGGUAGGAUAAGCGACUUUUGUUUUUCGAAGGACGGAAGAUGGGUAUUAGGCGCUUCGGCGGAUAGAGUUAUCAGAGUUUGGGAUUUGCCAACUGGGCAUUUGAUUGAUGGUAUUAGGACUAAGAGUGAUGCUACUGCUAUGGCGUUUUCUGGGACUGGGGAAUUCCUGGCGACGGCUCACGUUGAUAGUGUUGGGAUAAACUUAUGGACGAAUAGAACUUUGUUCAGACACGUUCCGACUAGACAUCUUGAUGAAAAGGACAUAGUGGACAUGACUGCUCCGUUCGCCUCUGGAGAAGGCGGUGUCGGUGUCAUCGAAGCUGCACUUAAUCCCCAGGGCGAUGGAGAGGAUGACUGCACCGGCACAUACACCACAGUAGACCAACUGAGUAGCAACAUGUUGACAAUGUCUCUUAUUCCAAGGGCAAGAUGGCAGACGCUGCUUAACCUCGACGUUAUUGAGCAACGAAACAAACCGAAGGAAGCUCCCGGGACUCCUGAAAAAGCACCUUUCUUCCUCCCCCCACUCGGCCAUACAGCCGAGCGAUCCCGCAUCCUCCGCAUGAGCCGGGACAGCGGGGAAUCUACCUUCACAAAACUCCUCCACGAAGCAGCAGACGGCAACAAUCGAGACUACACCGUCAUCCUUGCCCAUCUGAAAGCGCUCUCACCCUCGACAGCAGAUCUAGAAAUCAGGAGUUUGCAAGUAAACGAGUUGGUGCCGUUUGUUCGGGCCACGACGCAGCGACUGAGGAGCCGGAGAGACUACCAGCUCGUAGAGAGUUGGGUUAACGUGUUUCUCAAGUGUCAUCCCGAGGGCGUGAUGAGCGAGGAGGACGUUAGGGAUGAAUUGAGGAAGUGGAUGGUGGAACAGAAAAGGGAGGCUGGCAGAUUGGCGCAAUUGGUGGGGUAUUGCUCUGGAGUUGCGGGGUUUUUGAGUGGGAGGUGA